GAUGUGGUUGGUCCGCCAUAAUCAUUCGUGUGGGUCUGUGCUUGUGUGGUUAGGGUGUCUUACCGGUGCCAAUCAUUUAUUUUUAAUUAGUAAUAAGUUAUGCGUAUGAAUCCAGACAUGGACGAUGAUGAGAAGGGAAAACUGUUUGUUGGCGGUCUAUCAUGGGAGACAUCGCAGGAGAAUCUGCAGCGUUACUUCUCCCGCUACGGCGACGUGAUUGAUUGUGUAGUUAUGAAGAACAGCGAGUCUGGCCGUUCAAGAGGUUUCGGUUUUGUUACCUUUGCCGAACCCUCACUGGUCAAUGUCGUGCUUCAGAAUGGUCCCCAUCAACUCGAUGGCAGGACAAUCGACCCGAAACCGUGCAAUCCAAGGACUCUUCAGAAGCCCAAGCGCGGCGGCGGCUAUCCGAAGGUGUUCCUCGGAGGUCUGCCAUCCAACAUCACCGAGACUGACCUGCGCGUGUUCUUCGGACGGUACGGCAAGGUCAUGGAGGUCGUCAUCAUGUAUGACCAGGAGAAAAAGAAGUCUAGAGGCUUCGGAUUUCUGUCAUUUGAAGAUGAAAUCUCUGUUGAGAGAGUCACCCAGGAGCAUUUCAUCAACCUGAACGGCAAACAGGUCGAGAUCAAGCGCGCGGAGCCUCGCGAUGGUUCCGGCAAAUUGGGCUCCGGAGGAGGCAUGGGCGGGGGCAUGGGGGGAGCGCCCGGAGAUGCGCCCGCCGCGGGACAGUGGGGACCACCGCAAGCCGCGCCCAUGAAUAUCAUACAGGGCCACAACGGACAGAUGGGCGGCCCACCGAUCAACAUGCCCAUGGCCGGACCUAACAUAAUGCAGGGAUACCAGGGCUGGGGAACGUCAGCCGGGCAGACUUCGUACGCCGGAUACGGUGCGGCGGGCGGCGGCGCGGGUCCUGGCAACUACCAGGGCUGGGGAGCUCCGCCGGCGCCUCAGGCCCCGCCGCACGCGCCCGCCUGGCCCGCCACCAACAACUACACUCAACACGCUCAGCCGCCCGCCCAGGGAUACGGCAGCUACGCGAACUACAGCUCGGCGCCGGCGGGCGCCUCGGCCGGUGGCAGCUGGACUAAUUGGAGCAUGCCGCAGAACUCCAACUCUACCGGCUCCGGAUCGUACGUUCCGUUGUCGGAGGGUGGUGAGAUGUACGGUCGCGGUGGUGGCGGUGGCACGGGCGCGGCGCCGGCUCUGGCCGGGGCGCUGUCCUCCGCCGCCCUCUCCAAGUCCUCCUCCGCCGACUACUCUACCUACCAGCAGUACCCGCCCGCCUACCAGCAGGAUCAGGGCUCCUCGUACGGCGGCGGAGGGUCGCGCUACGCUGCCGGCGAGUACCACUCGGCCGCCGCUCAGCCGCCAGAGGGCGACGGUGUAGGCAGUACGGCGGGGAGUCCCAAGUUUGCUACCAUGCCUUCAUUGAGCGACAAUAUAGGAACGCCCCCACAGGUGCCAAUGAUAUACUGCCCCGGCAUGGUCUCCCCACAGCCGUCGUUCUGUAACGUAUCGGAUAUAUCCGCAGCGGCUUCAGGUGAGGAUUACGAGUACACGGGCGGAUCGGGCGACGGUUACCAGAAGUCGUCUAAACGGAGUUACCACGGGACAUCCGGCGGCGCUAAUUCAUCAUCCUCGUACCAUCCCUAUCGGCGUUAACGAGUGAAGCCGCGACACUAGCGUGCCUCCUGUACUGACAUGAGAUCCUGGUACUUCAUCACCGAGUGCACUCCGCGGCGUUCACCUACAUCUAUCACAUCCCUCGCCUUCGUCUCCAUGCCCCAGACUUGAUCGCCGUUAGUCACGUCCCUAUAACUUAUAGUACCCUAGUACUUUGAACGGCCGUUUGUUUUACAUUCCUGCUUAGUCAUACAUAUAUCAGGUUUAAAAUAUUCUAAAGUUUACAGGUUUUUUCAUAUAACAUUUUACAGAAAUAGUUAUUUAUGUAUUUAAUGAAUUAUUUUUGGACAUGUACACUUAUCUAGUGUCUAUUUAUUGUCUAAGCAGAUGAUAUGACUGUAUAUAAUUUCUAAGCAGUUUCCUGACUUUAAACGUCCACAUAGAGCCGCUAAGAAUCGCCUAUUUUAUUAUACUUGUAAAAUAUAUUUUCUAUGAACGCAAUCAUUGAAUUUGUAAAUGAUUUUUUUCUAUCGAUGUGAGUAUAUAAGAAACAUUUUUGGUGUUAUCAAAAUACCUAAUCUAUUAUUUUUUUUUUUGGCAUAAAUUACCUCCGACGUCUUCUUAUAGACUCACGAUCGUAUAAUUAAGUUCUUAGAAUAGAUUUUCUUUUAGAUAUACUCGUUUAUGUGGAAUGGUUUCAAUGGACUUGGAACUUUAAAAUUUCAUAAUUUAAAAAAAAUACACCACCGACACCAGCAAGUAACGAAUAAAGCUAUGGAUUAUAUUCUCAAUGACAGAAUUCAUUGUAUUACCAAAUUAGUCCAACACAUUUCUCGUGCUCGUUUUGAGUGAACGUUUCCCAACCAUUCCGAUGGUUGCAACUAUUGUGUGACUGUAUAGAUGUAACAGGUUGUAUACAUAAUCACUAGAUUAAGGCAUCGCCACGGGUGGUAAAUUUACAAAUAAGCUCUUCAAAGACAAAUCCUUUGACGUCCAUGAUGCAUUUUUAAAGGUAAAUCUGCCCAACGAUUAGGUUCACGCGGUCUGACUGUUUUUUUUUUUAUUAUAUACAAUCAAAUAGGACUCGGUUUUCAGACAAGUGUCUCAAAGUACGGUUUUGAUGUGUUUUUUUUUUUUAAAUGUAAAAUCUCGUAAAGUUAACUUUGAAAAUUCCAGAUUGAGAUGUCUGUUUCUAUUUGACAUGUGUAUUUCUUAUUUACUUCAAAUAAAAAUAAUAGUAAUAUUAA